CCCCGUUAAAGCCUCCUUUACUCCCACUAUCCCACCAUAUCUUCUCCACACCCCCCCCCCCCCCCACAUUACUACCAAAAACUCCAUUUUCAUUUGUUGUAUUGUAUAGAUACCACAUAUAUCUUCCGAAUUUCAUUCAUCUCCACAGUUGAAUCAGUCGCAAACGUAAUCGGAGAAACCGCUUCUCGAUUUCUUCAGCUCUAAUUCUCGAAUCACAAAUCGAAUUAAUAAGUUGGUGAAAAAAUGAUGGCAUCGCUCAUGUCAUCAUCAAAUCCAGCAGCAAAUCCCGACAGAUCAUCAACCAGAAGAAAGAAGAAGAAGAAAAUCCACCACAAUCCCCAAAUCCAACCCGAAAACCCCAAAAUCCAAUGGAAAUCCGACGCUCAGCAGCAAAUCUACUCCUCCAAGCUGCUCCACGCGCUGCAGCAGGUCCGGCUCGGCUCAUCCGGAUCCGAGCCUUCAUCGGCUCCGCGCCGGGUGCGCGACGCCGCGUACGGCGUCCUGGCCGCGACGGCGCGGGGGCGGACCCGGUGGAGCCGCGCGAUCCUGACGAGCCGGCUGAAGCUCAAGUUCAUGAAGAAGAUCAACAUCGCGAAGCGCCAGCGCAAGGUGAUGACGGUGGUCGCCGCCGCCGGGUAUCAGCCGCGGAGGAAGUCGAAGGUCGGCGUCUUCAGGCUUAAAUCUAAGUGUUUUCCGGCGUUUCAGCGGAAGGCGCGGGUGCUGAGCCGGUUGAUUCCCGGCUGCCGGAAACAACCGUUGCCGGUGGUUUUGGAGGAGACGACGGAUUAUAUUGCCGCUCUCCAAAUGCAGGUGAGAGCCAUGAGUGCAUUAGCCGAGCUCCUAACCGGUUCAGGCUCAUCUUCAAGCAGCUCAGCGCAGCUCAGCUAAAAUGUUUUUUUUACUUUUUAAUUUUUUAAUUUUUAUUUUCAGAUUUUCUGACUAGUCGGAUAUUCUUCCAUCUUAUAAAUAUCCUGAAUUCCUAAUGUGAAUUAUAUUUCUCUGAA